AUGGAAAGCUUCAUCAAUGGAUCAUCAUCAAGGCCGAUCCAUGUUUAUAUAAGUUUCAGAGGAGAUAAUGAAACUUGCAAGUUCACAGAUAGGCUCUGGGCCGCUCUUGAAACUGACGAUUUAAACACAUUUUGGGAUGACAAGAAGCUUGAGCUGGGUGAUUCCAUCUUUCUUCCCCGUCAUUUCCUUAAACCAAUUCGACAAUCCAACAUUUCUAUUGUUGUCUUCUCCAAAAAGUAUGCUUCAUCCAUAUGGUGCCUUGAGGAGCUCUCAGAGAUUGCUGCACGCAUUCAUGAACCACGAUAUACUGCUUUCCCAAUUUUCUAUGAUGUCCAUCCAUCUGAGGUUCAAAACCAGAGUAACUCUUUUGAAACAGCUUUUGCUGAACAUGAACAAAGGCUCACGGCAAAUUUACGCAAGCUACACAAUUGGAGGUCAGCAAUGAAACAAGUGGCCGAUCUCUUUGGUUGGUGUGUACCGCUAGAGCCAGAGCCGCAAGUUAUUGAUGACAUCAUCAGGGAGGUCAAGAGAAAAAUGCGUGAACUAUUUUAUGCUGAUGUAGAUCUAGUAGGGAUGCAAUCUCGAGUGAGAGAAGUAGAAGAACUUCUGGAUUUGGGUUCAAAAGAUGACACUAGAGUUGUGGGCAUCUGUGGUAUGGGUGGAGUAGGGAAGUCAACUCUUGCGAGAGUUCUUCAUGACAGGAUCUCUCAUCAUUUUGAUGCUUCUUAUUUGGUACUCAAUGCCUUUGAGUUCGAUAAGGCAUUAAUGCUAAGAAAUCCCAAGAGAACUCUCAUAGUUCUCGAUUGUGUUAAUAUUCAUAUUAUUUUAGGAUUGGUUACUUCUGUAAGAGAAAACCAGUUAGUUGGAGGGAGUAGAAUCAUCAUAACAACUAGAGAUGAAGGAGUGCUUGGAAUGUUUAUGAAGUGUUAUAUUUAUAGGGUUAAACUACUGACCAAGAACGAAGCUCUUCUAUUAUUUUGUAGAAACGCUUUCAAAUGUGAUUUUCCAAUGAGAGGUUAUGAGGAGCAAAUAAAUAGUGUGCUCCAAUAUGCUAAUGGCCUUCCAUUAGCAAUUGUGGUAAUGGGCUCGUUGUUAUAUAAUACAAGAGUCUCAGAAUGGAGAUCUGCUUUGGUUGCUAUCAAAAAGGCUGCUCUCCGUAUUAUCAUGAAUGUCCUCAUAAAAAGUUUUGAUGAUCUGAAUUUUGACGCCAAGCAGAUGUUUCUAGACAUUGCAUGCUUUUUCACUGGGAAAGAGAUUAAAUUUGUGGAAGGAAUUUUGGACAGUACUCAGCCAGUUUUAUCUAGUUAUGGCCAUCGAGGGAAGUACUGUAUGCAAAUUUUGAUCGAGAAGUCACUCAUGACCAUUAUAGAUCAAAAGGUACACAUGCAUGGUUUAGUGCAAGAAAUGGGACGAGAAAUUGUUCGGCAUAGAUUCCCUGGUAAGCCAGAAACGUGGAGCAGAUUAUGGGAUUUUGAUGAUAUUUAUGAUGUUACGCAAAGUGGCAGAGCUAACUAUAAAGUUGAAGCAAUAGUCUUGGAGUUAGAAAAUUCACAUGGGAGUACAUUGAGAGUUGAAGGUUUAUCAACGAUGCUCAAUCUCAGACUACUCAUAUUUCGUAACGUGAAAUUUUCUGGAGUUUUAAGGAGUCUUACAAGCAAGCUCCAAUAUAUUUCAUGGCACCAAUAUCCUUUCACAUCAUUACCAUCAACUUUUGAUCCAUGUUUCCUAAGGGAAUUGAUUUUGACUGAUAGCUGCAUCAGAUGCAUAUGGAAUAAUGCAAAAAAGUUUUCGCCAUAUCAGCGAUUCCCUUACUUGAGAAACUUGAAUCUCGGUGGUUCCAAAGAUUUAACCAAGAUGCCAGAUUUCCAAAAUUCUUUCCCAAGUCUUGAGAGGUUGGAUCUUGAAGGAUGCGUUAAAUUAUCAAAGCUUGAUGCGUCUAUAGGUUAUCUUUCAACGCUCAAAUUCUUAAAUUUGAGAAAUUGUGUUAAUCUUUUUAGUAUUCCUAAUCGCUUGUUCUCUUUACCCUCUUUAGAAGUUAUAAAUUUAGCUUGUUGCUCUACAUUUGCGUAUUGUUUGAAGUUUUGUCCUCCUGAGGAGCUUAGUGAAGGAGAAACUAUUGAGCAAUCGCUUUCAUGGAAGAGACGGAAGCUACGUUAGAGAAGAAGUUAUAUAAGUGUAUUUAGUAUUGAGUAAUACCAUAUCAUUUAUUAAUCGUUAA